AAAUAGGAAACUGAGUCCGCGAUAUAAUUGGACUCGGAAUUGCACCGACACACUGACUGACGAGUUACUCCUCCCCAAAGCGACUCGCUCGUCUCGACGCCCCUGCGUGGAGGACCUGCGCCGGCGCCUCAAGGUCUGGAGUCUGCUCCUUGGAACGAAGCUAUAACUUUUAUGGGGAAGAUGAAAUUCGCCACAGGGUUAAAAAUGUAAUUUAGUCUUAAAAACGCGACGGCUCGGCUCGGCUUCUAUAUCUGAUUGCUUCUAUUUCUUCUUCCUUCGUCUUUCGUUUAUUUGUUGUGAGAAGUUCAGUGAUCGAGGAAAAGAGAGAUGGCUUGCUUGCACGACCACAGCUGCGAAGAUCAUGAUUAUUCGUCCGGUUGGACUCUCUACGAGCAUAUCGACCUCCCCAAGGUUUCUGCUUUGAAUGAGGCAGUUCCAGGAAGCGUCAAGUCAGUUUUCAAAGCUUGGGAGCAAAGACUGAAUUCUAGUGGGGGACACUUGGAGAGCAAUGAGGAUGAUCCUGAGUUACUUGUUUACAUUCCAUUUCCAUCAGAUGUAAAGAUCAAGAGCAUAUCAGUUGUCGGUGGUGUUGACGGAACAAGUCCUUCCAAGAUGAGGGCGUAAGUUUGACCUUUUAUAUUUUCUACUUAAGGCAAGGCCUUCUUAUAUUUGUGUGUAGUUAGAAUGGUGAGGCAAGAAGCUAUAGGAUUUAAGUGAUAAUUCGUUUUACUGAAAUAAACUCAUUGGUAAUCUUUGUCUUAAUGUACCACCAUUUCCUUGCAUAAAUUUCAAAUUUUCUUGUCUCAA